AAGAAUGCCUUUUGAAAUACCAAAAUCACAAAGAGAGUUUCAUUCUUUCCGGUUAGCGAGAUUUAUACAGCUUCUUCAAUUACAGCUCUUUUCCUGACAUCUUUAAGUUUUAGCCUAUAUAUAUACAUAAGUUUAAGCAGACACCCUUUUGUUUUUUUCUUCCUUCUCAUGCAUGGUUAUUUGAGGUAUUGAAGCUGAAAUAUAAAAAUGGAAAGGUAUGAAAUUGUUAAAGACAUUGGUUCUGGGAAUUUUGGUGUUGCUAAGCUUGUGAAAGAUAAAAGGAGUGGUGAGCUUUUUGCUGUUAAGUAUAUUGAAAGAGGCAAAAAGAUUGAUGAGCAUGUUCAAAGGGAAAUCAUGAAUCACAGGUCUUUGAGGCACCCAAAUAUCAUUAGAUUUAAAGAGGUAUUGCUAACCCCAGCUCAUCUAGCCAUAGUUAUGGAAUAUGCUUCGGGAGGAGAGAUUUUCGAACGAAUAUGCAAUGCUGGAAGAUUCAGUGAAGAUGAGGGAAGGUUUUUCUUUCAACAACUUAUAUCAGGAGUCAGUUACUGUCACUCAAUGCAAAUUUGCCACAGAGAUCUUAAGCUUGAAAAUACAUUGUUAGAUGGUACCUCUACACAACGUCUGAAAAUAUGCGAUUUUGGCUAUUCUAAGUCAGCAGCAUUACAUUCACAACCAAAAUCUACAGUAGGAACUCCAGCUUAUAUCGCACCAGAAGUCUUGUCAAGAAAAGAAUAUGAUGGAAAGAUAGCAGAUGUUUGGUCUUGUGGGGUCACAUUAUAUGUGAUGUUGGUUGGUGCUUAUCCUUUUGAAGAUCCUGAUGAUCCAAGAAAUUUCAAGAAAACAAUAACUAGGAUAUUAAGUGUGCAGUAUUCAAUCCCUUAUUAUGUUCGAGUUUCCAAGGAGUGUAAUCAUCUCUUAUCUCGAAUAUUCGUAGCUAACCCGGAAAAGAGAAUAACGAUCGAAGAAAUAAAGAGGCAUCCUUGGUUUUUAAAGAACUUGCCUAAAGAAUUUAUGGAAGGAGAGGAAGCUAGUUUAGUACAAAUGAAUGGUGGAGAGAAACCAUUGCAAAGUAUUGAAGAAGCAUUGGCUAUAAUUCAAGAAGCAAGAACACCAGCAGUGGGAUCUAAAAGUGAUGAUCCUUUUGUUAAUAGCAGUAUUAGCAUGGAACUUGAUGAUUUUGAUAGUGAUGCCGAUUUAGAUGAUGAAAUAGAUACAAGUGGAGAUUUUGUAUGUGCAUUGUAAGUGCUACACCAUUGGGGUGCGCCGAUACGGCCCUUUCCCCGACUAUGUGUGCAUGCAGAAUACUUUGUGCGCUGAAUUGUCUUUUUUUAUUAUGAGUGCUACUUUUGGCAUGGAAGCCAAUAUUGCUAAAAUAUGAAUUUGAGAUAAGCCAUCUUAUUUUAGAUUAUGAAAUUGUUACAAGUAGAGAUUUUGUAUGUGCAUUAUGAUUGCUACAACCUCUGGGCUGCGGCCCUUUCUCCGACCUUGCGCGACUGCAGGAUACUUUGUACAUCGAGCUAUUUUUUUUAAUUAUGAGUGCUACUUUUUGGCAUGGAA